UAAAAACACCGAGCACACACACACACACACACACACACAUACAUAUACACACACAUACAUACACACACACACACACAGACACAGACACACACGGUAUCCGAGCCCGUGCUGUAAUUUUGUAACGAGCGAUUGCAGUCUUGUCUGAUGAUAUUCGUCAUAUGUAUGCGGGCUUUCAGGCUGAUCUGGUUAGGAAAUGAGUCAAAAGCUCGCUUUUGACAUGGUUUAAAUGUCAGUGGUGCUUCCAGUUCAUGCAACAUUCCCGGAUCAUUAACCAGAACAGCAGCUUCAGGUCUGGACAGAGUUUCGACGGACAGCUUUUGUUAAACCAGGGCUUGGAAUUAAAGGAAUCUCAAAAAGCUGGUGGUGGAAGACUGCAGGAAACACUUGAGUCCAAAUCAUCUGGGAUGGAUGUAGUUUCACCGUGCACAGAGGGAAUGACACGAUCUGCCACCCUGGAUUAACACUGACUGCUAGUUCACCCAUUGCUUGGGUUUGUGACCCACGGAUGAAUGUGGCAAACUCUUUUUGGCAGGAUGUUGACACCAUGAAGGAUCGGGGAUAUUAAGUAUAUUAUUAUCAGGAAUAUUUCUGCCUACAUGCUCACAGCUUGCAGUGCAGAAUGGCAUCGACCGAGAGACUGUAUGAGAUUUGGAUGCUGUACUGCAAUAAGAUGUAGCAGGACCCCUGUCUUCCAAACAGUUCCACUUUUGACUCCUCAGUCCACAGAACAUUGUCCCAAAAGGUUUGAGGAUCAUCAAGGUGUGUUUUGACAAAAUUCAGACGAGCCUUAAUGUUCUUCUGGGUUAGCAGUGAUUUUUGCCUCACCACUCUUCCAUGGAUGCCAAAUUUGUCAAGUGUUUUUCUGAUAGUGGAGUCAUGAACAGUGACCUUUUUUGAUGCGAGAGAGGCCGGCAGUUCCUUGGAUGUUUGUAACUACCUGGAUGAGUCGUCGCUGUGCUCUUGGAGGAAUUUUGGAAGGUCGGCGACUUCUGUGAAGAUUCACUACUGUGCCAAGUUUUCUCCAUUUGGAGAUAAUGGCUCUAACUGUGAUUGUUUGGAGUCCUGGAGCUUUUGAAAUAGCUUUGUAACCCUUCCCAGACUGAUGUAUUUCAGUCACCUUUUUUCUCAUCAUUUCUGGAAUUUAUUUUGAUCUUGGCAUAGUGUGCUACUGGAAGGACCCAGACUACCUGAAACUCUGGCUGGAGAUCUUCAUCGGUUCCUACGAGAGAUGUCUUGAUGUGGAUUUCGAGAAACCACCCACCAGGUUGGAGGAGACGCCACCCGUCAUGUCGCUGCUACCAGACAACAUCCUGCAGGUCCUGCGUCUGCAGCUGCUUCAGUGUGUGCAGAAAGCAUCUGAAGGACUGGAGCCAGAGCAGCAGACGCUAGCUCUACUGCUGCUCAAGUUCCUCAUCGUCAUCUGCAGGAACUUGUCAAACGUGGAAGAGAUCGGCACCUGUUCCUAUAUCAACCACAUCAUCACCAUGACAACACUGUACAUCCAACAGCUGAAAAGUAAGACGAAAGAGAAGGAACUGGCUGAUCAGACACAAGCCGAGGAGUUUGUCCGUCUUGCUUUGGCCUUCUGUGAGAGUCUUUAUGAUCCUUAUCACAACUGGAGGCAUCGCAUUCAUGGGCAGCAGCUCAGUACUGUGGAGCGAAGCAGACAGAAAUUUAAAGCAGCACCACUCACUGUAGAGUUUGUGCCAUUCUUCUACCAGUGUUUUCAGGAGAGUGAGCACCUGAAGGACAGUCUUAAAUGUUGCCUUUUGCACCUAUUUGGAGCUAUCAUCGCUGGUGGACAGCGUAAUGCUCUGUUGGCCAUCUCCCCGGCGACGAUGGAGGUGCUGCUGGGAGUGUUAGGUGGAGGUGAGUGUUUGACCGGAAGUGGAGAUGGAGAGGACUGGGACAGUGAAGCUCCGGACAGGAAGGCUCUAUUGACGCUGGGCUGUUUGAGAGAGGUGGUGCACAGACUGCUGGCCAGCAGCUCCGACCAAAGACAGGUGGAGAUCAGCUCCGUGCUGGAGAGCUACUUCAAACUGCUGAACUCCGACCCCGCUGCCACCGCACAGGUCAAAGGGCGCCCGUCCCCGCCCCAUUCGAGGCAUUGGGAAAGCCGGUUUGUGUCUCUACAGGUGAACAUGCUUGAAACCAUCCAGGAUAUGUUCGAGUGUACAGACCGACCCGUUUUGCAGGCCAUUUUCCUCAACAGCAACUGCUUUGAACACCUCACACGCCUUCUGCAGAAUAGUAAGGUUUUCCAAGGGAGGCUUGACUCUCUUGCCGUGGCAACCAUCAAAACUCUCACCACAGUGAUGCAUAAGUCUCCUGCUGCAAAGGAAGUGUUUAAAGAGCGGAUUGGCUACACUCACCUGUUUGAGGUGCUGGUUUCACUGGGUCAACCGUCAAGACACCUGCUGAAGGAACUCAUGAAUAUGGCCAUUGAAGGCGAACAUUCCUCCGUUGGUCUCCUGGGCAUCAGUAAUGUGGAUCCUCUCCUGCUGUUGAUCCAGUGGCUCCCAGAGCUGGACUCUGCCGAGCUGCAGAUCUACGCUGCCGAUUGGCUCCGUCGCAUCUGCAGUCUGAACCGGCGGACAAGAGCAACCUGCGUCAACUCCUGCAUGACCCUGAGAGUUCUGUCGACUCUGGAGAGGCACGACCGGCUGCACCGGACCUGUGCCGAGAGUCUGGUGGGUUUGUUGGGUUCAUUGGGCAGCCAGUCCUUGAGUUCAGCCGAACUCCAGCAUCUACUGAGACUCCUGCGGCAAGAUGAGCAGGGUCACGCUCACCCGUAUGUGGGCCCGGUAUUGCGUUCGCUCCUUGGUAUGGUGCGCAAACAGGGCCUAGAGAGUGCCACACAGUAUUUUGAUCUGUCUCCGCCCAUGGCAGGCAUUGCCGUGCCGACCAUUCUUCGUUGGCCAGGCUCCGCCUUCAGCUUCUUUGCUUGGCUGUCACUGGACCAAGAUCAGCUGGGCCUGCCCAGUAAAGGAGAGAAGAGGAAACAGUUGUAUAGUUUUUUCACCCCGGGUGGCACCGGGUUUGAGGCUUUCAUCAGUUCAGCUGGACUGCUUGUGGUUGCUGUGUGCACCAAGAAAGAAUACGUCACCGUCAUGCUGCCUGACUACUGCUUCUGUGAUUCGCUGUGGCACAGCAUUGGUGUUGUUCACGUGCCAGGAAAGAGACCAUUUGGCCAGAGUCUGGUCUAUAUUUAUGUGGAUGGACAGCAGAAAUUAUCAGCACCUCUAAAAUAUCCAACCAUGACUGAGGCCUUCACAUCAUGCUGCAUCGGAUCAGCGGGUCACCGCACCACAACCCCUCCCCCCUCUCAAAUCCCAGACCCUCCAUUCUCUGGGGGUAAUCCAUCUGGCCGCUCAUCUUUCGGUGGGAUCCUCCCGGGUUGGGGUGGGCUGCUCGGGACUAAGCCUGAGUCCGUCACCAAACUCAUUUCCGCCGGGACACAGGACAGCGAGUGGGGCAGCCCAACCUCACUGCAGGGGCAGCUAGGGAGUGUCAUGGUCUUUCAUGAGGCCCUCCAAGCCACUCAUGUGAAAUCCCUUUGCAGCGCAGGACCAAACUGUAUUUCCCCCUUUAAAAGCCAAGAGGCUGAACUCGGAGACUUGGCAAUCAAACUACUUCUACACUAUUCACCAAAGGCAUGUAGGAACCCAAUCUGUCUGGACUUGUCCCCCAAUCUGCUGCAUGGUCGCCUGACAGGAAAUAAAGUGGUCAACUGGGAUAUUAAAGAUAUGAUAAACUGUGUUGGAGGACUUCCUGUGUUGCUUCCAAUCUUAGAACAGCUGACGUUGUUAACGCCUGAGUUACAUCACAUCGACCACUCAGGGUCAGAGUACAUCACCCCUGACUCUGCCACGGCCGCUGAUGGAGACUGGGUCAUACUCCCAUCAAACAGAGCGUCAGAAGCCAGACUGGAGAAGAAUCUCGUGGCGACAUUCUUGCUGGUGAUCAAACAUUUCUUGCAGAGGCAUCUGAUAAACCAAGAAACCCUUCUGCACUCUCAUGGUGUGGCCACAUUAGGAGCUCUCCUUCAGAAGUUGCCUGCGUUUCUGGUGGACGUAAGCGUGUUGGUUGCUGUCCAGUUGUUGAUUGAGCAGGUGACGUAUGAGAAGAACUUGCAGCUCCUGCAGCAGCUGCACACUCACCUACUUUUCAACUUCGGCAUCUGGAACCAAGGAGACUUCCCCCUGCGCAUUGGUCACAUCCAGUACAUGUCCACAGUCAUCAAAGACAGCAGGAAGCAGUUCCGCAAGAAAUACGGAGUUCAGUUCCUGCUGGAUACCAUUCGCCUGUACUACGGUUCUGGAAGUAAAGAUAGGGAUUUGAGUGAAGAUGAUGUUAAGACAAUCCGAGCGUCUCUCUGUGGCCUUCUAAAGUAUUACAUCAGCAAGGGCACCACACAUGAAGAGAUACAGAGUAUUCUGGGAUACAUUGCUGCCAUUGGAGACGAGGAACAGCUGUGCGGGAUAAUGGAGCUGCUGUUGACUCUGCUGCAGACGAGCGUGGCCCGGGAUCAACUCUUCCUGCUGCUGUUUGAACCGGGAGUGGCCGACUCCUGCUACGCUCUGCUGCUCAACAACAAACACACCGACCGCCUCCGAGAGCUCGUCUUCAAGUUGUUUGAGCGAAUGCUGAAAUGUGAUCGUGUGUAUGAGAAGAGUAAGCAGAGGUUGCGUCUGAGGGAUGUGGGUUACUCUGGACUCAGUCUGCUGUUCUCAGACCUGCACCUCACCUCCACCCUCAUCAAGUGCCUUCUGCAGCAAGUGCUGUCCACAGAUACUGUUGUGAACUACAAAGACCUGAUGGCUGUAGUUCAGCUGGCACAUAAAGCCGGUCCCAGUGUACGCCUGACCAUGUGCAAGAGGCUGUAUGCGCUGUUGCAGUGUCAGCAGGAAGCAGCGAGGCAGAUCUCCAGGCAGAUGUGUUGGCAGGACACUCUGAUGCGUCUGUUUGUCCGGAGCCCUGGGAGCGACGGAGGUUCCAGUUCGGGCCGUGUCGGUGACUCAGCCAGUCUGGGGAGUUUCGAACUGAGUCGCGGCAGCGUAGGAAACCGUCUGGAGCCGCCUCUGGAGCGCAGAGCACUCAGUGACUGCGUGGGGAGACUGAAUGUAGAGCGAGACAGCGUGUCCAUAGACAGUCUUGAUAAUGGAGACCUGAUGUCCCUGUCCGACACACAGGGGGACACGCAGACAACCAAAGCGUGGGCCGGGAAAGCAGGGGUCUUGAGUUUGGACCUGUCCCAGGUGCAUAUCUUCGAUCACGGGGACAGCGGCAGUCAGACUCCUGGGAGCAUGCCCAGCACACCAUCUCCUCUGGAGAACGCCAAACCUUUCCCUGGAACUUCCUCUCUGAAUGAUGACAGCUUCCUCUUCAGUGAUAAUGUGUCACUGGGAGAGUCUUUUAACAGUGAGCGUACGGAGGAGGAACUGUCGCAUCUGCUGUUGGACAUCAUGUUGUGUGUAAUGUGGAGGGGCGUGGAGGGCUCAGAUGAUGCUGCCUGGCUGGAGAGGGGACAGGUGUUCUCCGCCCUCACUAAACUGGGCACUGCCAAUGAGCUGCUGCUGCCUGCUGACCACAUCAAACUCAGUCUAAUGGAGCGGAUGUUGGAAUGGGCGGUGACAGACAACCGAGAGGCGACGGCCGCCACGUUACCUCAGCAUACGGAGAACGCUGUGCGCCUUCUUCACAUAGUUCAAGACUUCCUGCAGGCCGAGGGUCUGGUGAAUCCAGCCCUAUGGACUGAGAAGGUUCUGGAGGAGACAGUGUCUCUGAUGGAUGGGCUGAUGGUGUGGUACACCGCAGGGACUCAGUGGCUUCAGCUGUCUCAGGUGGGGCUUCGGCUGCUGCUUGGUUUCAUGGCGCAAGAAGAUCCACAGGUGUGCGCCAUGGCAACGGCCAAGCUGAAUGGCAUCUUGCAGAUGAAGACAGUGGAUUCUCAAGAUGAGGCGUGCUAUCUUCUUGGUCGUGUGGAGGGAAUCCUCAGGCGAUCUGUGAGCGAGGAGCGGAUGGAGGAGACAUACUCGUUUUUAGUGCCUCUACUCCGGACCCUCCUGUCUAAAGUUUAUAAACUCUUGUACAUGGAGCUGCACCUCCCUUCACUUCCAGACACCAACGGAAGCCCCUCCUUCUUUGAAGACUUCCAGCUGUACUGCAGUUCGCCAGAGUGGAGGGUCUACCUCGAUAAAUAUAUCAUCCCUUAUAUGAAGCAGUAUGAGAUCGAGACGUUCAGUCAGGGGCAUGAAAACAUGGCUCUGUACUGGAAGGACUGUUACGAAGCCUUCAUGCUCAAUCUACACCGCAGAGACCGAGAGAGAGGAGAGAGCAAGAUACGCUUUCAGGAGCAGUUUGUGGAGCCAUUCAGUCGUCGUGGGCGACAGGAGAACUUGAGGUACAACAGCAUGCUGAAACAAAUCCACACUCAGAACAGCGCCAUCCUCAGGCAGUGGAGAGCAGCGCGCAGAGGACUCUUCUGUGAAAGAGGACCAUGGGUGGACAAGCAGCAGAAGGACAUACACUGGAAGCUUUCUAGCGCUGAGAACUACUCACGUAUGCGAUUGAAACUAGUGAGAAAUUACAACUUUGACCCUCAUAAAGAAGCCAGCGCCCUGAGAGACAAUCUGGGUGUGCAGCACCAGCAGGUAAACACUGAGUCGCUGUUGUUAGAGGCCGUGAAACAGGUGAAGGUCAGUGACUUUGAGGAUGACAUCCUGGAACUCCUGGAGGAGGACCCUACAUCAGCCAAUCAGGCUGAUUCUGAGGAGGCAAGUCAGAAGGAGAAGUUGGUGAUCUCAGAGGACUGUGAGCUGGUCACGGUGGUGGACGUGUAUCCUGGUCGUCUUGAGCUCACCACACAACAUAUCUACUUCUACGACAGCAGCACAGAGAAAGAGGAGGGUGUUGGUCAGGACUUCAAAUGGCCUCUAUCUCAAAUCAGAGAGAUCCACCUGCGCAGAUAUAACCUCCGUCGCUCGGCUUUGGAGAUCUUCCUCAUUGAUCAAACAAACUACUUCCUCAACUUCAAAAAGGAGGUGCGUAAUAAAGUGUACAGUCGGAUGCUGCUGCUGCGAUCUCUCUCUUUGCACGACACACGCUCACCUCAGGAGCUCCUCAUUGCCUCUGGACUCACACAGAAAUGGGUGAACCGUGAAAUCUCGAAUUUCGACUACCUGAUGCAGUUGAACACAAUUGCGGGCAGAACGUAUAAUGAUCUGGCUCAGUAUCCUGUGUUUCCCUGGAUCCUGUGUGAUUAUACGUCAGAAGAGCUGGAUCUGUCCGAUCCGCGAGUGUUCAGAGAUCUCUCCAAACCAGUGGCUGUACUAAAUGAGAGGAACGCCAAAGCUGUCCGAGAAAAAUAUGAGAGUUUUGAAGACCCCACCGGAACCAUCGACCGUUUCCACUAUGGCACUCACUACUCAAAUGCUGCUGGAGUCAUGCAUUACCUCAUCAGAGUCGAACCCUUCACAUCCCUACACAUCCAACUACAGAGCGGAAGGUUUGACUGUGCUGACCGUCAGUUUCACUCCAUUCCGGCUACCUGGCAGACCCUCAUGGACAACCCCAAUGACGUCAAAGAGCUCAUCCCAGAAUUCUUCUACUUCCCAGAGUUCCUGGAAAACCAGAACGGAUUUGACCUGGGUCGUCUGCAGCUCUCUAAAGAGAGGGUAAAUGAUGUCAUCCUGCCAAAAUGGGCCAAAUCCCCUGAGGAUUUCAUCUACAAGCACCGCAAAGCCCUGGAGUCAGAGUAUGUGUCUGCCCAUCUGCAUGAAUGGAUUGAUCUGAUCUUCGGUUAUAAACAGAGGGGUCCAGCGGCAGUGGAGGCCCUUAAUGUCUUCUAUUACUGCACAUAUGAAGGGGCUGUUGAUCUGGAUGCUAUCACAGAUGAGAAGGAAAGGAAAGCUCUAGAAGGAAUGAUCAGUAACUUUGGACAAACGCCCUGCCAGUUACUGAAGGAGGCUCAUCCCAUGCGUCUCUCUCUGGAGGAGCUGGAGAAGAGGAGAUCUCGUCUGGACUCAUGUCCUCUCAACAUCUUUGAGCACCUCACUGAACUCAAAUUAUUCUUUGUUGAGGGCAUCAGUGACAAUGUUCCUCUGGUUAAAGCCAUCGUCCCCAAGAACCAAUCGCAUUCCUUUAUCUCACAAGGAAGUCCAGAUACUCUGGUUACGCUGAGCCAAAACUGCCUGAUGGGAACUCAUGGCUGGCUGCCGUACGACAAGACCAUAUCCAACUAUUUCACCUUCAUCAAAGACCCCACUGUAGCCAGUCAAAAGACUCAGAGGUUUCUGGCAGGGCCGUUCUCUCCAGGUGUUGAAGUCACAGCUCAGCUAUUUGUCGUGUCACAUGACGGGAAGUUGCUUUUUAGCGGAGGUCACUGGGACAACAGCCUGAGAGUAACAUCAAUGGUCAAGGGCAAAACUGUGGGGCAGCACAUCCGCCACAUGGACAUCGUAACAUGCCUGGCCACAGAUCACUUCGGGAUUCACCUGAUCUCUGGCUCUAGAGACACCACCUGUAUGGUGUGGCAGGUGCUACAACAGGGCGGUGCUCCGGUGGGUCUGUCCUCUAAACCAGUGCAGGUGUUGUAUGGACACACAGAUGAGGUUGUGAGUGUGUCAAUAAGUACAGAACUGGACAUGGCAGUUUCUGGAUCUCGGGAUGGAACAGUGAUCAUCCACACUGUUAGGAGGGGUCAGUACAUGCGCUCACUUCGGCCACCUUGUGAAAGCUCUCUACCCGUCUCCAUCACGCACCUCGCUGUAUCCUGGGAGGGACAUCUAGUGGUGCACACCUGCAUAGAGGGCAAAGCCACACUAAAGGAUAAGAACGCUCUGCACCUGUACUCUGUGAAUGGGAAACACCUGUGCAGUGCUGCACUGAAGGAGCAGGUAACAGACAUGUGUGUUUCCGGAGAGUAUGUCGUCAUCGGCAGUGAGCAAGGUUUCCUCUCGGUCAGAGAUCUGUACAGCCUGACACUGUGCGUGUCGCCGAUGGCAAUGCGAGUGGCUAUCCGCUGUGUGUCCGUGACUAAGGAACAAUCUCACAUGCUGGUGGGACUCGAUGAUGGCAAGCUAAUCGUGGUGGGCGUCGGCAAACCAGCGGAGAUGCGUUCUGGCCAGAUUACGAGGAAACUCUGGGGCUCCAGUAAGCGUCUCACCCAGAUCUCGUCUGGAGAAACAGAGUAUCACACCCAAGACCAGCCCUAACCCCGCCCCCUAAAUCACAGCCCUCCUGUUUGAUUGUUCCACUGCCCUGUCCAUCACCACUCUUGUCUCCCAAAAUCAUUGUUUCAAUUUGGAGAAUGGCUCUUCUUUUGCUGAAACAAUAUGAAGGAAUUUUUGGAGUACAAAUAGCACCUGUAUGCAAAUCUUUGUGCGUGUGUGUUGUUUGUUGUAUGUAUUGAAAAUUGACCUGUAGUUGGACUGGUGCAGGCACCAUCUAACUAUACGUGUCAGAAUCCUGUGAUGUUGACCGUGCCCCAACCCCACCCUCUCUGUCUCUUCUGCCACGCCCCUUAUGCCCUGCCCCUUUAGACUGUUAUCAUGCCACCUGCAUCACACAGUCAUCUUUAUCACAACAACUUGUUUUGGACACCAUGUCUGUGUUUUCAUAUGCUUUGUGUUUUAUGUGUUUUCAAUGUAUGUUUCCAUUCAUUCCUUUGCUUUCAGUGGCCUUGUCAUAUUUUAUGACUUUCAUAGCUUAUCUUACAUAAUGCUGAUGAUUGUUUUUUAAAUGUUGCAUAACUAGAGACACACACGCUUUAUUUAUUUGGACAUUUGUGCUAGGCACAGACAACAUGUAAACGACAAUUUACACCAUUUUAAUUCUCACAAUACAAACACAGGCACUUUCUCUUAAACUGUUCCAAUAGAUUAAUGCAUUCAGUGCUUUAUUUCAUAACAAAUCUGCCAUUUGUGGGUUUUAAACGCUUGCUUUUUUUGUGUCGAUGUUGAAUGUGUGUUCAUUUUUUACUUGAAUUUUGGUGUAGUUAUUAUUUAAAUGAAGAAUGAAAGAUCAGUUUUUUUUAUGUUGUGGAUGUACAUGUAGCCACAGUUUUAUAAACUGUUCUACUGUUCGAUUUGUGGGUGAAUCUCACAAAACCUGUCUUGGUCAUAUAUCACUCCCAAAAUCUGUGAGAAAAUAUAUUUUACAUAAAGAAAAUAAAGUAUAUUUUUAGGAUUUUUAAGAUUUGUUGCAUUGUGAAAUUAUUUUAAUGAGAAUUAAGCACUAUUCACAUUAUUUUUGUCAUUUGUCAUUAUUGUUCUGCAAAAAAAAAAAAAAAAAAAGGUCAAGUAUUUUAUUCUUUUUUUAAUUUAAAUAAUUAAAAAAAAUCAUUGUACUGCAGUAUUUACUGUAUUACAGGAAAAAAAACUAAAGUAAAAAAUACUGUAAUACAAUGUUUUUUUUAUUUAAAUUAAUAUAAAAGCAGUAAAAGAAUGCUGUUUUACAAUAAUGAUAAUCACCUUUAAAAAUAAUGAGAACUACAAGCAAAACUUUAAUAUAAAACGUGAUAAUUUUUCAAUUGAUUUUGGGCUGAUUUUGGUGCCUUGAUCCCGCCACCGAAGAAAUCGUUUAAAUUUUGACUUUAUUUUGUGCAAUUGCAACUUUAAAUCUUGCAAUUUUUACCUUAUAUAUAUAUAUAUAUAUAGCAAUUUUUACUUUAUUUCUGGCACUUUCAAUUUUGUAUCUCACAAGUUCAGCUUUAUUUCUCGCAAUUGUGAAAAACUGGAAAUUGCGAGAUACAAAGUCGAAAUUGCGAGAAGUAAAAAUUGCGAUUUAUAUAAGGUCCAAAUUGCAAGAUUUGAGGUUGCAAUUGCAAGAUGUAAAGUUGCAAUUGCGUGAUUAAAACUUUAGUUUGUUAAUUGCAAGUUUAUACCGCACAGUUGCGACUUUAUAUCUCGCAAUUCUGAGAAAUAAAGUUGACAUUGCGAGAAAUAUAGUUGCAAAUGUGUAAUAUAAACAUUAGUUUGUGAGGUAAUAGCAAGUUUAUAUCACACAAUUGCAGCUUUGUCUCGCAAUUGCAAAAACAAACAACAACAACAAAAAAAAGUCCGAAUUGUUUAGAAAAAGUCAGAAAAAUGUAUUUUUUUAAUUCCUUGGCAGGAUCUGGCUUCCAUAGAAAUGUGACCUGGCUAUUUAUUUUGUGAGAGUCACCCUCAUAGAUGUAUGUUGUUGAAACAUCUACGGUAACUUUUUAUUUUAUUUUAUAAAACGACAGAGGGGGAGAUGUUUUGAAGGGCUCAGUGUGAAAUACAGUAAGCAAUACAGUUUGUCCUUCAGAUUUCGGUUAUUGAAUCAUUCCACUGUAAUGCACUGGCUUAUCGAUACUCCGCAGUCUUCCUAGUUUCCAAACAGAGCACUACAUAGGGGAGGGGGUUACUUGCGUACUAUGGGAUCAGCUAGAACCAAUGUUUUAUCAUUUGUUAGUCAGGUGACAUGCUGUUUCCUGUGUCCCUUCCUCUUUGAUAUUUUAAGCCAUGCAGUCUUCGUUUACUAUGCAGGUAAACUUCCAGGCCUUCUAGAGAAUUCACACUUACUGACUGAUGCUUGAAUUCUUGCUCCUCCAUAUGCAGUUUUUUUUUCUUCACAGUAGACUAAAAAAAAGUGUGUGUGUGAAAGUAUUUAAAUGUUUGUCUGUAUCUCGAUUUUGUUUGCGAGGUUGUGUUUAAAGGACUAGUUCACCGUAAAUGGAAAUGGAAGUUUUGUGGGUAAAUUAUGAUUUUUUUUUUUUUUUUUUUGUGAGCUGUUUGUUCAAGUCUCUUACACUAAUUUCAUUCCUUUACUAAAGGACUGAGCAUUGUUUUGUUUUGUUUUUACAAAUGUCAGUGAUGUAGUUCAAUGAUAUGAAGUUUGUUAUUAAUGAAAAUUCUAAUACCAAAUUCCACAUAUCUUGAUCAGGAUGGAUGUUCAUUUUAUUAGGUGUGUAUUUUAUGUUCUUUCAUAAAUGUGCUUUAGUAUGCAAUGGUGCUGACCUCCGAAGUUUAGAAUUGAAGUCCGAAUUGGGAUGGGGUGUGUUCUGGAGUUAUAAUUGUUUUAUUUUGUCACAAAGUGCUCCCUACAUCCCUGAUUGCUAUGGAAAUAAUACCAAGAGACCUAAAUCAAUGCUUAAUGUUUUUGUUUAUUCUAUUUUUGAAUUCCCAGAACCUCUUUUUGGAUGCUUUUUUAACUGGAUAUCCCAAACAUGGCUGUUUCUUUUCAGAUCUGGAUGUAUGUGGUUCUUCCUCUAAUUAAACGAAUGGAGUGCCUUUUUAGUCUCUGCCGUCGUGCAAAUUAGACUCCAUGGUUCAAACUAUAUAGCAUGACCUUUCAUGACCCCUCGUGGACAGCCAUGGUUUCCACGGGAACCAGACAAACUUUAGCAGUGACCUGUGACAUACUGAGCUGCUUUACAUUAGUCACUAAUGGAUGUGUGUGUAAAUCUGUGAUUAUUUAUGAAUCCAGUAUGAAAUGUACAGCAUGAAUUUUAUUUCUGUGUCCAUGAAUUGCAUUUUUUUGCUCUUUCCAGGUAGCCUACAACAAAUUGUAAGAGAUUGUUUUAAAUGUCUUCUUGAUCUGUACAGAGAAACUGCUUUGUAUACGUGAAGAUUUAUCAUUAAAUGUUGAAAAGUCCCAGUUGUUUGGAAGUUGUUUGUUUUCCAUAAAUGGGUUCAUGCAAAUGCCCUGGACUAACCUUAUAGAAAUUUACCAUAGUUCUUACAUGGUAACCAUAGUUGUAUGGUGGUAGUAAUUCCUAAAGUCCUGCAUAUAAAAGCAUGGAUGUUGCCUCAUUACCAUGGACAAUUUAACUAUGGAAACUGUCCUUUUUAUGGUUAAAAUAAAAUAAACAGGGCCAAACAAGUUCAGUGAGUCACAGAAAAUACAUAAAGUUACCAAACUUCUUAAUUUAUAAAUAAAAUGAAAUAACACUAUUUAUGUGUAGCCUUAAAUCAUGUAAUUGUGCAUAUGUCAGUGCAUCAUUACAAUAUUAAUUUUUUAACAUUUAUUUAUUUCACAGUGCAUUUUCAUAUUAUCAUUAUCAUUUUUAUUCAUAAAGUACAAACAAACUAUUAUAGAAUGAAGCACCAUGACUAAUACACAAAUCUAAAGUUAUUAUUUCUUUGUUUCUUUCUUUUUACCUCAAUAAAAACAAGAAUACCUAUAUACAUCAACUAUCUAUAGAAAUAUCUAUUUCUUUAAUGUUACGGGUCAAUUUGACCCACUUACAUUUUUGAGUUACUGGUUAACCUAUGUUUUUGUAACUUUUCCUCAUUUAAGGUCAUGAGCAUGCAUGCAAAGUGUAAACACACAGAUGUGUUGUGGAAAGUCUGUAUAUAAUUUGUAUACUACGAUGAUUAAUGCAAACUGAAGCUUUAUUCAGAAACUUUGAUAAAUAAAUGAGCCUGUAUUUUGUGUUUAUAGUUAUAUUUUAAGGCUAAUUUUUGACAUGCAGUUCCCUAUUCAACCACUAGGGGUAAAAUGAA